AUGCCAAUGAGCCCUCUGAACGCGUCAAUAAUUCUAACCAACAGUAAUAAUUACAAAAAUGCAGAUGACGUAUUUGAAUAUUUUUCUCAUAAAAUUAACGAUGUUCAUAUUUCUUCUUCUGAUACACAUAUACAUGAAGAACUGUUAGGGGGGAUUCUUUAUAUCGGUAUUAUAUUAAGAAGAGCACAAAAGUUAUCAAGUAAUCAUAAAAAUAUCUUAAACUGGAUCGAAUAUUAUAAAAAUUGUAAUAUAAAUGUAGAUUUAGUACAUGUUAAUGAAAAUAAAAAUGAAGUCUCAACGUUAGAUAAUAAAUUUAAUCUAAUGCAAGAAAAUUUUUUUCACAAGGAUAUUAAAACAAUUCACAGAAAAAUUAUAGGGAAAAAAAAAAUAAAAUAUACAGAACAAAAUGGACAUAUAAAUAACGGCGAUGGUAAUAAUAUAAAUGAUGAUGAUAAUAAUAUAAAUGAUGAUGAUAAUAAUAAAAAUGAUCAUGAUAAUAAUAAAAAUGAUCAUGAUAAUAAUAAAAAUGAUCAUGAUAAUAAUAAAAAUGAUGAUGAUAAUAAUAAAAAUGAUCAUGAUAAUAAUAAUAAUCAUAAUGAUAAGGGUGAUUAUGUUUUUUUUAAUAUGGAUAGAAAUGAUCAACAUCCAAAUCAUCAAUUAGAAAAGCUCUUCUUUGAAAAGGAUUCAUCUUAUCUGGUACAUGCCAUUAUGUAUGUUAUAGAAUUACCACUAUCAGUAUCACAAAAAUAUCUUCACAAAAAACUCAACAUAAAGGUUCAACUUGUAGAAAGUAAACAAACCGAGAAAACAAAAAAUCUGCAUAAUAUAAUUGACAAAAAAGUUUUAAGCGAAUUAAAAAAUAUUAUGCACGCUCCUUCAUCCAUACUGAAUAAUAUUCCAUGGUCAUCCACAUUUACGUCGAAUAUGCUAUACGAAAAAAAAAGGAGGGCAAAAAAAAUAAAGAAACAUAAUGACAAAAUGAUGAAUAAAGAAAGUCAUAGUGAUCAUAAUAAAAAUGAAAAUGGGGAAAACCAAAAUGAACAUGAUGAUAAGAAUUAUGAUAAUAUUUAUAGUGAUGAUAAUAAUUAUGAUGAUGAGGAUGAUUAUUAUGAUGAUAUGUAUAGUGAUGAUAACAAUGAUAAUAAUAUACAUUAUAAUGAUGAGGAUGAUAAUUAUGAUUCUAAUAUUUAUAAUGACUUUUUUUCUAAUACAUAUGAUGAUGAAAGGAAUCAUAAAGAGAAUGAAAAAAAAUUCCCACUAAAUGUCAAUCCUUAUAAUAUAUACAAGUCAUUAAAUAAAUAUGAUGAUUAUAUGUUUAAAAAGAAUAUAAAAAAAAAUACAAAAUGUAUUACAUUAAAUAAACAAAUUAUAGUAAUUAAACCUUUAAAUAUACAAUGUAAAAUUAUAGAUAAUUAUUUAUUUAUUCAAAUUGAAAAUAUAACAAAACAUAAUUUAAUACAUAUACAUGAACUGUUUUCAAGAUCUAUUUCCAUGAAUUCAAAUAUAUUCCCAUUAAAUUUAUAUCCUGAAGAUAUGUAUUCUAUUUAUUAUCCUAUCGUUAAUUUUGUGCAAAUACUUUCUUUGAAAAACGUAAAAAAUAAACAAAAAAAAAAAGAACAAGAAAAAAAAAAAAAAAUAAAACAAAUUAAAGAACAAAAUGAUAUUACAAGUGUAUUAGCAAAAAAAAAAUAUAGUUUACAAUCUGAAAUACAAAAUACAGAUAAUGAUUAUAAUGAAAACACAAAUGAUAAUAUAAAGGUACAUAAUGAAACAAUAUAUAACAAUGUUGUAGAAAAUUUUAAAAAUGAUAUUUAUUCUUAUAAUAAUAAUUAUCAUGAUGAUAAUAAUAACAAUGAGUAUACUACAUUUUCAUUUAAUAAUGAUAAAACUAUUAUUUCAUUAUCUAUAAAAUGGUGUAUAGAUAAUACAUCUAAUAAUUUCAUAUGGUCACAAUAUUGUAUGGAAGUCGAAGUACCUACACAAAAUAUAUUUAAUCUCGAAAUUUCUUUUGUUAAAGAAAUAAAUUAUUCAUCUAUUUUAAUAGCUAUCUUUUCUUUCUUUAAUAAUCAUCAUGAAGAUAUACAUUUAAUUAUAGAAAUACAAGACGAUAAUAAUCUCUUAAACAAUCAUAUGCAACAUUCACUUAUUUCUUUUAAUUCCUCAAUCGAUGUAGGCAUUAUACAUCCACAACAAAGAAAAUCAGUACGUGUCAAAAUGCUGGCUAUAAUGCUGGGACUUCAUAAUAUCCCCUAUGUAAAAAUUAAAGAUAAACUUACAAACAAAUAUUAUUUUGUAGAUCUAGGAACCAUACUGGUAACAGAAUGA